GCCUUUGCGCUCCCGCGGCAAAGAUGGCGGCGCUGAGGGGAGGAGGCGCGCCAUGGCGGCGGGGCUGGCUGCCCGCCUUGCAGCUCGUCCGCCACGGCUCCAAGGCGGUCACCCGGCACUGGAAGGCCAUGCACUUCCAGCGCCAGAAGCUGAUGGCCGUGACCGAAUACCUGGCUCCGCGACCGGCCAUCCCACCGCGCUGCCUGGCCCCCAGAAAAGAGAAAGUCGAGGAGGACAACGGUUACGCCCGGCUGUUACGGCGGCAGGUGGAGGAGGUGUUCCGGGACAAUCGGAUGAUUGCCGUGUGUCAGUACAACUCCAUGCCUGGUGAGGACAUGGUGCUGAUGAAACACUACCUCCGCAAACACAACAUUGAGGUCAAAUUCGUCCUGAACGAGGUAGGGACAGAGCUGCUGGGGCAGAUCCCGCUGUGGCUGGGGUGGGGGAAGGCACAUGAGUGCUGGGAACGACCACGUGGUGCCUGUUGGGGUGGAAAGCUGCAUUUUAAGAGCUGUCUCCCCCAGAUUAUCAGACCCAUGCUGUCACAGUCCAAGUACAAGAAUCUCCUCCCUCUCUUUGUGGCGCGCAAUAUCCUGCUGGUGAGCCCGGAAACGAAGGUGAAGGAGAUGCUGCGGGUGCUGAAAGGAGUGCCGCAGAUCAACCUUCUGGGCGCCUGCAUCGACAGCACCAUCCUGAGCAGGCAGGGAGUGGAGAACUUCGCCAAGCUGCCCUCGCUGGAGGCCUCCCAGGGGCAGAUGGUGGGUGCCCUGGCCCUCCUGCCCUCCCAGACGUCCUCCCUGCUCCAGGGCGGCUCCGCACACCUCACGGCUCUCCUGGAUGAGCACAUCCGCCGGCUGCAGGCUGGGGAGAUGGGAAGCCCGGAUGAGUCCGCUCCUGCCCAGAGCUUGGGGGCUCACUGACACUGGCCCCCCCUGGGCCCUGUGUGUUGGCCAGGAGUCUGCUCCUUCACCGGCUGCGGUCGGGCAGGGGGGGUGGGUCAGGGAUCGAAGGUUUGGCCCCGGGUGGGCAGCCAGCGGUGGGACUGAGGGUCCUGCCGCAUCACCAGCCUCUUCGGGGAGCCCUGGCCCUUCCCUUUGCUCCCCGCACCCAUGGCACCUGAGAAUGUCCCGGCUGCAUUUUGGAUGCUGUGGAGCCGCAGUCGGAGGCUCGCUGGGAUCAGCUGGAGGAGGCAGAGCGUGGCGGGGAGGAUGUCGGGUGCUCCAAGCCGCCGCGCCCUCUGGAACGGGGUCAGCGAUGGGGAGUCUGGCAGCGCUGACCGAGCUGUG